CUGCUCUCUCCCGCGGAACUUUUCUGCAGUGCUGUUUUCCCACCCCGCAGGCGAUCAUACUGUGAGAUCUUCGAUUCAGCCGGGGUCCCUCGUGAUCUCCAACUCUUCUUCCUUUUCUUUUCUUUUCUUUUCUUGCCUUUCCUCUAAUUUCUUCCCUUACUUAUAUUUCUUCGUUUCUCUCUAUGCGUGUGCUCACCGCCCGCAAUGAGCCAACUGGUUGCAUAUGACGUCUCUGUUGGAUGGCAGCACUCGGUAUGUUCUUAUUUUACUGCUGUUACUACUUAGCCCACAACCCCAGCUUCUUUUAUCCUUCCCCCUUGAAUAACCGCCCUUCCCCACAUUCUUUCUCCGCGUGAGAGAAGUGUUCUUUAGAGCACUUCUGGAUGGAUGGCUAAUGGCAUGGCAGACGAUAUUCCGUGGAUAGAUUCCAUGGCCCCAUCAACUUCCGCGCAGGACCACGCUGAUUCUCAGCCCCCGACGGUCGCUGCGUUCUCCCCUACCACCAUCUCCGGGUCUUCAUUGGCAUCCCGACAACGUUCUAGCAUUAUUGUACAUCGCAAAUCUCCUCUACUAGUUGCGACUCCUCCACCGAUCACCCGUGCAUUAGCCUACUCCCACCCCUUUAUCUUGCCAUUGAAUAAGCUAGCGGGCUUGUUGACCUGGACCUCCGACGAUGCAUGGCAGAGCUUCCUCCUAGUGUCGACCUUCUGGACGAUUGUCCUAUAUGGCGAUGCCAUCAUUCUUUGGGCAGGUCCGCCCCUCUUGGUGGUCGGUCUCAUUCUAGGCAUGUAUUGGAGACGUUACUCCCCCUUAUCGACCAGAUCCAUAUCUGGGGAGAAACCGGCCCAUCAGAGAGCGCCUUCGGAGAGCUCCCUGCGCCACCAUGACAGCUUAGAUGAGAUCGUUGAAACCAUGCGGACUUUCACAACUCGCUGCAAUAUCUUGCUGGAGCCGUUCCUGGAGCUCACGGAUUUCUUGUCCACCCAAAGGACGGCGACUUCCGCGACCACCAGACCAGCCCUUACCACACUCUUCUUCCGCAUUCUCUUUGUAACCCCGAUCUGGAUUGCCUUAACUCUACCGCCCGUGCACCUCAUCACCACGCGUCGUGUCAUCUUGAUCAUGGGCACCAUUAUCCUCACUUAUCACUCCCGGCCGGCCAGAGUAUCCCGCGUCAUUCUGUGGAGAUCACUGACUGUCCGUCGGAUUUGCUCAUUGAUCACGGGUCUGUCUUUCUCCUUGAACGUGGACAAGUCGCCCUCGUCUCGGACGCAAAGCCAUGGCCAUGCUGCUAGUAUUGCAACCCGCCGGCGGGGAGAAUCCUCUGGCGUCCGUUUCACCUUCAUUCUAUAUGAGAACCAACGCCGUUGGCUCGGAAUUGGCUGGACAUACUCGCUAUUCCCCAACGAACGUGCUGCAUGGACCGACGAGCAUUUGAACGCCGUGCCCUCCAAGCAAGAAUUUGAGCUGCCUGAAGUACAGAGCGGGAAUGCCAAGUGGCGCUGGGUGCCGGGCAGUGAGUGGCAUAUCGACGGUGUUGAUGACGCGAGUGGGAAAGCAGCCACCAAAACCACCGACGGUAGGGGUUGGAUCUACUACGACAACAAGUGGAACGACGGUCGUCGAGGCCAAGAUGGCUGGGACCGAUAUACUCGUCGGAGAAAAUGGUGUCGCGAUGCUGAACUCGUGGAGGUCACACCGACAGCCGACUCCACGUCGGUGGAGGCAACGUCCGGCUUAACCCAGGCGCUGGAGAGGGAGAGGGAGGGAAGAAGGGAAUCCGGAAACCUUGACGCUUCAACAGUCGAUGCUGAUUCCGAGAGUCUCGCCGGGUCGACCUCCUCCAACACACGGAGACGACGUUGGUUUGGGAAUUCGAAGACUAUCUCGGAAGAAUAACCUCUGCCACUAAUUCCAGUCGUCCCGGCAAAAGCGCCUCCAAGCCGAUUAGCAUCCCGUCUUCGCAGAAGCUCUCGUCCAGCCAUUCCAGUGGUAGCGGCAGUUUUGGCCGGGAAGGAAGCGUCCACGGUAGUGCAGCCCAUAGCGAUAGGAGUGCACGAGAUAAGGAAAUUGCACACUCCCAAGACCGCUUGGAUCGCUGGGGUGCGCGUGCUACGGGGGGGAUCGAGAGGGCAGAACGAGAGAUGGGUCUAGGCGACGAAGUCAAUAUGGG